UUUCCGGCCAGCUCAGCGCGUCAGUGUUGUCAAGAUCGGAGGUACAGUUGAGUUUGCCCAUUCAGCUAGACUACCCGUUGUUGUGUGUUAACUACAAAAUCCAGCCCAAAAUGGUUCUGCUGACAAUGAUCGCUCGGUUGGCGGAUGGUCUGCCACUCGCCGCAUCAAUGCAAGAAGACGAACAGGGAAGCGAAAAGUUGGGUCGGGACCUGCAGCAAUACCAGAGCCAGGCUAAACAACUGUUUCGCAAACUCAACGAGCAGAGCCCCACCCGCUGCACUUUGGAGGCUGGCGCCAUGGCCUUCCACUAUGUGAUAGAGAAAGGUGUAUGCUACCUGGUACUUUGUGAGGCGGGGUUCCCUAAGAAGCUGGCCUUCGCUUACCUGGAGGACCUGCAGGCCGAGUUCCACGAGCAGCAUGGGAAGAAGGUCCCCACUGUGUCCCGGCCGUACUCCUUCAUCGAGUUUGACACCUACAUACAGAAGACGAAGAAGUCGUACAUCGAUAGCAGAGCUCGCAGGAACCUGGGCAGCAUCAACACAGAGCUGCAGGAUGUGCAGAGGAUCAUGGUGGCCAACAUCGAGGAGGUGCUGCAGCGAGGGGAAGCCCUGUCCGCUCUGGACUCCAAGGCCAGCAAUCUUUCCAGCCUGUCCAAGAAGUACCGCAGUGACGCCAAGUACCUGAACACUCGUUCCACUUAUGCCAAGCUGGCCGCAGGCGGCGUCUUCUUCAUCAUGCUCAUUGUCUACGUGCGCUUCUGGUGGCUCUGAGAGGGAGGGGGGGGGGAAGGGGGGAGCGAGGAGAGAGGAGAGGAGAGGCAAGGGGGUGAAGAGGAGGAGGAUGCCAAAGGAAAGAACCUGUGGGUUUCAUUCUGUCCAGUCCAAAAUUCUCCCAUGCUCGUAAGACUUUCCAACUGGACACCAUUCCCUCCCGUUCCCGCAGUCCAUAGUCCUUUAUUGUAAUUAUUAAUGUUAUUAUAUUGCUGAGUUGUAUUAACAGCCACAGGGAGAAUCCUUAAUGGCUGCCCGGAGUGAAAGGGUGUGCGUGCAUGUGUGUGCGUGUUUGUGAUUGCGUGGAGACAUAUGCAUGUAGGUUGAUGCAUUUGUGUUAGACUGAAUGAAAGUAUGCAUGAUGAUAAGUGUACUUUUCCCAUGUGCAUCUUGAUGCAUAUAUUAAUGGCAACACUAUCCUCAGAUAGACAUUUCACCUUGUAUUCUUUGUUGCAAAGCUAUGAAAAGUCUUAAUUGUACUCCUCAAGGAAGUAUCAUUUGCCUGGAUGAUCAUGCUUUCUCCCACCUUGUUCUGUAGGCAACAUACCUCUACUCUGCUAUAAAGUGAACUGUUCCUUGUUUUACUUAACAGGUCAAAUUUGCGCUGUAGAGAGCUGUUAUGUAACUGUUUGGUAACGGAUUCCACUCAUUGAUUCAUUAAUGGACUCCCAUACUGACUGGUGACUUUUGACUUUAUUUUGUGAAAAGUUUACAGAAAUACUCUGUAUAAAUGGCGACAUCUGGAUGACUGACAGUGAAUGAGGUUUGUGUAGCACCUGUCUUCUGUAAAUGACUGUAAGAGUCAUGCUCAGAUGGCAGUUAAUUUGAGCAAAAAUAAAGUGAUU